AUGACAUCGACAGAGACGACUUUCGCUCUUCCAGGGAUUGAUCUAAGUAGUGAAACUGAAAAGACACAAGAACAAAAGACCGAUCGCGAAACAAACGAAACACCGUCAUCAUGUUCGUCGACUGAUGAUAGUAAUGAUGAAAAUGAUACUCAGAAAGAAGAUUAUAACAAACAAGCCGAUGAAAUUAUCGAUGAAAUUUGGAAAAUUUUCAAAGACGAAACAGGUUGGAGUGACGAAUCGAAAAGUAAAGAUGGUUGUGAUGUGGUUGUAUCAAAGAGUUUUCCAAAAUGGGGCAAAGUCUUUCGAUUAACAGGUACAGUUCCAGGACCUCGUUCUUUGCUUAUGAAAAUGUUAUAUGAACAACAAGAAGAUUUCCCCAAAUGGAGUCCUUCUGUUAUUGAUUGCCGAAUAUUGCAAGUUCUUCAUGAUAAUUUAUAUAUAACUUAUCAGUUGACCAGUGAACAAGCGCAAGGUUUCAUUGCUAAACGUGACUUUGUGAAUUUAACCAUUCGUCGAUUUAUUGAUGAUACGGUUAUCUUAGCUGCACAGGCUUGUAUGCAUUCCGAGAUGCCACCGAAAGACAAUCAUGUUCGCGCGGAAAACGGACCAACGGCGUACAUCAUUGAAGAGAUCGAUGAAGCAACAUGUAAAUUUACAUGGAUACUUAACGUGAAUUUAAAGGGUUGGAUUCCGCAAUACAUAAUCAAUGCUACGUUGGCGAGCAUUCAACUCGAACUUCUCGAAUCGCUACGAAAGUAUAUAGCACAAACGAUCGACGGUAUAUCAUCUACUACGGACAACGCUGCGUAA